AUAAGAAAAAGAUGAAGAAGAAAACGCAAACCAUUUUGCUGUUGAUAGUGGGCAUGGCGACAUACAUAGCCCUCAUUGUAUCCACGCAGCCGGAUACCUACUUCGGCAAUGUCUAUGGCGUUCACAUUAUCAACGGCUUCACCAACAACUCCUCGCUGCCGCUGGUGGUGUGGUGCAACUCCGGCGACGGCGCCGACAUCGGCGGCCGGGCGCUGCAGGAGAGGGACGACUUCAGUUGGAGCGUGAAACCCAGUCUGUGGACCAACAUCCUCUUCUCUUGUACCAUGAAGUUCGAUCAGCAACGCCGGAAGUUCGCCGCGUUUGCGCAGGGCCGCGACGUUAACCGCUGCAGCCCUACGCGGCGGUGCUUCUGGCUGGUGAAGGAAGACGGGUUUUACUUUAGCGUUGACGGGAUUAAUUGGAGAAAAGAUUUUUCUUGGAUGUGAAAAAUGUGAUAUUGCCAAUAAAUGGCAAUGAAGAUUCAAGAGAAA